CUACAUUGAUAUAAUAUAUAGAGGAUUUGGUAACUUUGUUACUUAUAGUAGGCCUUCAUGAUAAGGGCUAGGUAUAUAAAGAAAUCCCAUUUAAAGGUUGAUAUAGAUGAUUUCUUGGAUCAUUCUUUGAUUAUCUCCUGAAGAAUGACUGGUUCAGAGCUGGACCUGCUGAACAGGGAUCCUAAUGGUCUAAACGACCACGUAAGAGUUCUAUUUGAAGACGUCUUCGGGGAGCCAGAUGGCGUUCGCUCCAUCAACUGUUGUUGGAAAGGAGCCUAUUGUUGUUUUAACUGCUGCAAGGGUUGUUGCUACAAAUUUCUCACUUUGCUGUGCGGCAUCCCAUUGGCCAUCUGCUGGGGUUGUGAGUUUGCUCAUAUAACAUUCUGGCACGUCUGGUACGUGACGCCAUGCAUGAGGAUCUAUCUCAUCAACUGUGGAUGUCUUCAGAAAUUCUUCGGCACUUGUGUCCAGUGUUUCUACCAGCCACUGUUCGAAGCGUUUAGUUACUGUUUCAGCAACAUCAAAGUCACUACUCUAAAUGGAUAACUGCUUCUUGAAAUGAGUGAACAUUUAUUAACAAAAAAAAAACAAUUCUUAUACAAUUUCAGUAGUAGUGAUUCCCGCUAAACGAAAUAGAUAAAAUUGUAAAUUAUAACAAUAUUGAAAUACUUAACUUUCUGAAAAAAAUAA